AUGACCCAGCUCCGCAUUUUUGCACGGUUUCGGUCCAGCAGUGGCGCGUUGGCGCUCCGACACCACUUUAGGCCACAUCUUGCUACACCGGUACUCGUACAGAAGAGAUAUCAAGGCUUACCUAUCGGGCCUCAGCUACCUGCCCAGCAAGAUGAACCUGACGACGACCCCAACAAGGGAGGCAAGAAUGGCGGCAAAGAUGGCCAAGAAAGCUUUAGUUGGGGACCAACACUCUUCAAGAUGUUCGAGGCCGCGUUGACGACCUUCGCAUCAGUCGCCAUUCUUGGAGCUGUAGGGUUUGGCUAUACGCGCUACUACAAACAUCACGUACUUCAGAAGAUGCACAAUGCGUUCGAGCCUGGAGAUCCCGUGCUCGAUAUUGCUGCCACUAACAAGCAAGGCAAUGCAUUCGGCGGAACUGAUCUCCUUGACGAGAAUAAGCAGCGUGAGCAUUGGGUACGUCGCGACGAGCAAGACUUGAUUGACGCGAUCGUCGCGGGCCAUGUUCGAGGACAGUAUCAUCUUCUCGUGGGCGAGAAGGGUACCGGGAAAUCGAGCAUGCUCAUCGAUGCAAUGGCCAAGAUUGAUGGCGAAGGCUGUGCCAUGUUCGAGGCUCAUGCCAACCCGGAGAUCUUCAGAAUCAGACUCGGCAAAGCGCUAGAUUUCGAGUAUCAUGAAGACAACAUCGGGUCACUCUUCUCGAUCCGAGGGCCGCGUGAUGCUGGAGCCAUAUUGGACAUUGAGCGUGCCUUCAACAAGCUUGAAAAGGUUGCGCUGGAUCGUCGAAACAAAGUCGGGCGACCUCUGAUAUUGAUCUUCAACUCUAUGCACUUGCUGCGCGACGAUGAUGCUGGAAAGGAUCUCCUGGAACUUAUUCAGCAAAAAGCUGAGCAAUGGGCGGCGAGUAAUAUGGCUACUGUCGUCUUCAACUCGGACGAUUACUGGAUCUAUGAGCGGCUCAAGCAAUAUGCCACCAGGAUGAAUGUCAUUCGCAUACUUGAUCUUAACAAGGACCGUUCGAUAGCAGCGCUGCGGAACUAUCGCAUAAGAUAUCGAAAUGACAACCCGGAGAUGCCACUUCUUGAACAAAUAUACGAGCGAGUCGGUGGUCGUAUGUCAUAUCUAAGCAGAGUGGCAAAAGCGCCUGACAUGAUCAAGACCGCAGACGAUAUCUGCCGCAUGGAGAAGACCUGGUUCCUCAACCAGUGUUGGAUUCUUGGUGAAGACAUGGACGACGAUGUCAUGGAUCAACAGAAGUAUGCUUCUGCUGCAAUGGUCUUGGCCAAAGCUCUUGUAGAUCAAGAGAAGGAAAUGGAGAAGACCUAUGAUCCUGACCAUGGUCACAUUCUGCCAGAGAUCCCUCUCCACAAAGCACGAGAAGUGAUGACCAGAGCGGAUUUCGUCCAGAGUUAUGAUGCUAUCAACAUCUUUGCAAUCGACAGCAAAGCAAUGGUGCGUGCAGAUUCUGUUCCCAUGAUGAACGCCUUUCGCGAGAUCUGCGCCGAGGAAGGGUUCGACGAGUUCUUGGAGGCCACCCUUGACCGCAUCAGUGCUAUCGAAUCGCUUGGCCGUACCAGAGAACUGACAAUCAAGGAUCUCUGGAACCAAGGCAAAUAUCGCGUCAGAAUACAGAACGCGAGCGGCAUGGAAAGUGGAGGGUUAACAUUCGAGGUCGAGAAGCCUGAUGAUGACGAUAAGGAAGAUGAGGGCGCAGGCGACGAGAAGGAGGACGACAAUUAG